AUGGAUAGUGCUGCGGAUCAAAGACAAACUACUCCAUCGGCAGACAAUGCCUUGAUUGAAGCUUCCGCAGGCCUUUCGCCUAAUUUUAAUCAGCCAAUUGGAGACGGCAUGUCAAUCCAGUGGUCUUCAGAGUUGGAGCAUCUUGGCCAGAAUGAAGCCUUCAUGCAAGAUAUUCCCGGCUUUUGGUCUCUUCCAUACGACGAUCCUUCCGUGCUAGGGGCUGCAGACGCUGUUGAUCCCAGUAUUGGAAACGAGGCUAUCUCACGUCCCGAAAUUCAGGCGUCACUCAACAGGCAGGAUCGCUCGACAUCAUUUAUUGGCUAUUCCAACGAAUCCGACCCCUUUUUGCUCGAACACUAUCCGUACAAUGCAGCUGAUGAGCUGGACUUUUUCAUGGUCACGUAUCGUCGGCCAUCGCUUCUAGGCCUGUCUGCCGGUCACGCGCCGAUUCAUUUCCUACAGUCGAGACCGCAAGCAGCAUUACAAAGUCAAGAAACGAUGGCAGGCUGUCUUGCGCUCAAGAAUGAACGAGAUUUACUGCAUGACCUUGUCAGUGUUGAAAUGGGUGUGGCACUGCUUCGACUCUACCAUCGCUUCAUAUUCCAGAAUCUCCCUAUUGUGUCAAGGACGAAACUUCAGGACGAAGAAAAAUUUAUCAAUUCUACUUCACCUGGUGUCCUGGCCGGCAUGUUUGCUCUUGCAAUGCCGUUUACUUCCUGGGACGAGCAGCUCUGUCUCGACAGCGCCUACUCAAAGCCAGAUUCAACCAAGCUAUGGCAGAUUUCUUACUCUUGCUUGCAAAAGGAAUUGCACUUUCCGAGCCUUUCCACGGUCCAGAUGAGCCUGCUAUUGCUGAAUACCACUACCUUUGAUCCAGUCGCCGUCGAGACGCCUUUUGCUUGGUCAUUGGCGUGUUCUGUGCUCGCCAUCGCGCAGUCUCUAGGCCUUCACAUUGAACCAAAUCGAUGGAAAAUCCCCGAAGACGAGAUAUGGCUGCGCCGACGACUCUGGUGGACUGUCGUUGUUGAGCACAGCUGGCGCGCAGUCACACAUGGUCGAUCGACAAUGCUGCGCGACGACGACUGCAAUGUUGCACCUAUCUCGCCUGGGGACUUUUCCGGCGCUGAAAACGACUACAAUGCGGCAGAGUACUUUAUUAAUUUCUGCUCGCUCACAAAUAUUGUUAGCGAAAUAUGCCGCAAUUUCUUCACUCUUCGAGCAGUAUCGCGCGUUCAAAAUCUGAAAGACAUUGUUGAUCGAGCAAGGCCGUUACAGCGCUCCCUUCAUCUUUGGCUGGAGGCUCUGCCUCCGUCCCUCCGCCUGGACCAGGUGCCCGACACAGCUGAUGAAAUCCCCGACAGCCGCGCAUCUCUUCACAUUGCCUACUUUACAGCACAUGUGUUGCUAUUCAGAGCGCUCUUACGUCCUAUCGUGCGCCAGAACUUUUUGAACGACGCUGUCGCCCAUGACGUACUCCAGGAGUCCCGCGAUUUUAUGAGAGCCCUGAUUUCUGUGGUGCGAAACCUAGACCUCAAAUACAUAUCGGCGUUCUGGCCGGCAUAUACUCGACACUGCUUUUGCUACCCAGGCUUGUUUUGCUAUAUGCUCUGCUUUCAGAAACAGUCGCCACAGCUUUUAUCUAGCGAUAAAGAAUUAUUUGCAACAUGGCGCAACGUGCUGCGAGCAAGAGUAGGAUCAUGGCCUUUACUGCGAUUUGCCGUUGUCAAGGUGGACGCUGUAUUUUGGAAGAAGAUGGACCACACAACUGGGAAGGGUGCAGUUCCGGCGGGCUCAAAUUGCCAUUAA